AAGGUCAUUUGAAUUACGCCUGGCUGUGAGCUUCCCCGGUUACAAGAAUGAUAUGAAAUACUCAGACAAUAAACGGAUAAUGACAGCGGGGUCAGAGUCGACACGUCUUAUCAGGUCGUUUUUGGUGGGAGCAGCAGCAGGAGGUGGCUGUGGGAUUUGAAACCCAGUGAGUGCGUCCGUCCGUCCGCCUGCCUGUGUGCGUUUCUCUGAGCUUCUGUCAAGCCAAGCUAGCGGCGGCGGAGAGAGGAGAGAGGUUGGGGGGGCGACCAGGCUGGCUUGUAAGCCGAUCAAGGUGGAAUCUCACGCAGCGAGUUUCACGUUUGGGGAUUUCUGCGCACCUAUAUGCUGUGACGGCGUGAAAGAGGGGACAAGGAUGAUGCGUCUUGCAUGUUGCACAGUUCUGCUGUUUGUGUUGAGGCUGUUGGCGGGCCUGCCGUGGUACCAGGUUCUACCGGGCGUCCUGAUCUUCUACCUCGGGAGUGGAGGAUGGAGCUUCCUGGAGAUUUUUGCCAGAACGAUUGGCAGGGACUUACACGCAGCAUAUGUCUUGUUGCGGGUGAAGAUGAAUGUCCGGCGUCACGUCAGAGAGAAGAACACUGUACCUAACAUUUUUGCGGAGACGGUGGCGCGUCACGGAAACAAAACAGCGCUCAUCUUUGAGGGGACCGGAGAGAGGUGGACCUUCCUACAGCUGGACGAAUACUCCAACAGAGUGGCCAACUUCCUGCUGGACCGUGGUUUCAAGGAGGGUGAUGUGGUGGCCCUGUUCAUGGAGAACCGGUCCCAGUACGUGGGCCUCUGGUUGGGCAUGGCCAAAAUUGGAGUAGAAGCUGCUCUCAUUAACUUCAAUCUGAGACUGGAGGCUUUGGUCCACUGUGUCACCAUCUCCAACUCCAAGGCUGUGAUCUUCGGUUCGGAGCUAACUGACGCGGUCUCAGAGGUCCACAGCUCAAUGGGGAARGCGGUGCAGAUGUUCUGCUCUGGGGACUGGGACCCCAAACGGGUCCCACAGGGGACCGAGUGCCUCGAACCCCUGCUGGACGGCGCCUCAUCUCGCCAGCCUCGCCUGCCUCGCCCGCUGCAGCGCUGCUUCACAGAUCGCCUGUUCUAUAUCUACACAUCAGGAACCACAGGGAUGCCUAAAGCUGCUAUUGUUGUGCACAGCAGGUACUACCGCAUGGCAGCUCUGGUAUAUUAUGGCUUUAGGAUGACAUCAGACGACAUACUGUAUGACUGCCUCCCACUCUAUCACUCUGCAGGAAACAUUGUGGGAGUGGGUCAGUGCAUAAUCCACGGAAUGACCGUGGUGAUCAGGAAGAAGUUCUCUGCCUCGCGCUUCUGGGAUGACUGUAUCAAAUAUAACUGCACUAUUGUGCAGUACAUCGGAGAGAUCUGUCGGUAUCUACUGAACCAGCCGAUUCGCGACACCGAGCGWCAGCAUCGCGUGCGCAUGGCGCUGGGCAAUGGCCUGCGCCAGUCCAUAUGGGAGGAGUUCAUGAACCGCUUCAACAUCCCGCAGAUAGCUGAGUUUUACGGAGCCACGGAGUGCAACUGCAGCUUGGGCAACUUCGACAACAAGGUCGGAGCGUGUGGCUUUAACAGUCAGAUUUUGCCCUUCAUCUACCCCAUCAGACUGGUGAGGGUUGAUGAAGAGACCAUGGAGCUGAUCAGAGGACAUGACGGAGUUUGCAUCCCCUGUAAACCUGGUGAGCCYGGCCAGCUUGUUGGCAGAAUCAUCCAGAAUGACCCUCUCCGCAGGUUUGACGGCUACGUGAACCAAUCCGCGACGAACAAGAAGAUCGCUCACAGCGUUUUCAAGAAGGGAGACAGCGCCUACCUUUCAGGUGACGUGCUGAUCAUGGAUCGGUACGGCCACAUGUACUUCAAGGACCGAACAGGAGAUACUUUCCGGUGGAAAGGAGAAAAUGUCUCGACCACGGAGGUGGAAGGAACUCUAAGCAGGCUGCUAGACAUGAAAGACGUCGUGGUUUAUGGAGUAGAAGUACCAGGAGCAGAAGGAAAAGCCGGGAUGGCGGCCAUCGCUGAUCCGUCUCAAUCCGCUGACCUGGAGAGGUUUGUGAAGGACAUGGAGAAGGUUCUCCCUCCGUACGCUAGACCUGUCUUUCUCCGCUUCCUCCCAGAAGUCGACAAAACGGGAACAUUCAAAUUUCAGAAGACGGAUUUGCGUCGGGAAGGCUUUAACCCCACUGCGGUGUCCGACAGACUGUUCUUCCUGGACACCAGCAGAGGGCGCUACGUGCCGCUGGAUGAAGAACUGUACCGCUCCAUUCUGUCAGGGAAACACAAAUUAUGACCAGGCUGACCACUACAUCCACACAUACACACUGACAUGCACACGUGUAAAAAAUAUAAAAAAAGAUAAAAAAAAUUCAAAUCUGAAACGAGGACGACCGUGCGUGCCCAGGUUAGCAGAACGAGUUUGACUCCCCCUCCCUCUCCAAUAUAAAAAUGUAUUAUCAUUCAAAGGCCAGUGCGCACACACGUUUUACUCCCAAACCUGCUUUGACCUUUAAAAUCCAUAACAAUAACUCUGCACGCUGCUCCAUUCAUUCAUCGUGGCUGAAAUCUCCCCAGCAUCCCCUCGUGCUACUUCAGCAGACCCCCCCAAAAAAACAAAAAUUAAAAUGAGGCACAAACUGUUGAUUCACAGCCCUGUAAUCGUUAAUCUACCCAGAUGUUUUCCUGGGCAAAAAGGGACGAGGAACUUAACGGAUACUAAAGUGAAACAAAGAAUCCUUUCUUCACCUUAAAGUGAAACGUCAGAGGAGUUAUCUCAGUUUUCGUUUUAAUGUUGAUGAGAUUAAUGUGUUUAAAAGAUGGCACUUCUACUCUCGACUUAACCUGCACAAGCUAGCCAGACGUGACAAACCUGGACCCCCUCCUCCGCCUUUGGUCUCUGAAGCCUCCCCGUUGAGAGGGACCAACGUGAAAGAUGUGAUCAGAGCAGCGAGCUUCCAUGUUAAAUUAGAUGAGCGGUCGGAGCUUUAACGUGCAAUACAGCUCGAGCUUUUACAGUGCGAUAUCCUGCUGCAGAAGCAAGAGAACUGAAGUUAUUUGUUUUAUUAUUAUUUAAAAAAAAGUCUGCAACACACCAAAUAUAUAUUUUUUACAUUGUA